GAUACGUCAGAGCCGUGUACUCAACCAUUCACGAGAGAAGAAGAGUCGACGACGAAAAGGUCGAUUCUCCCCCAAAACUUACCGGAAACCCCUGCAGGAAUUCCCCGGCACAAAUCCGGCCGGAGGAUCUCGAUUUCCUGCGACGAAUCCGACAUGGUUUCUCCGGAAAACCCUAACUGGCUCUUCGAUUGCGGCCUCAUAGACGAUAUUUCCGUCCCGGGAGGGGAUUUCCAGCCGCCGGCUCCGGGGUUUUAUUGGCCAUCUCAGGGGUUCAGCGCGUCGAAUAAUUCCAGUGUGGAAAUCAGUGGCUCCUUCGACGAUUCAGAUGGCCUUAAAAACUUAAGCUCGCAGAAAAGGGCAAGGCCUGAAUCAUGCAAUGCGUCUGGCUCCAAAGCAUGCAGAGAGAAAAGGCGCAGGGAUAUGCUGAAUGACAGGUUUCUGGAGUUAGCUUCCAUAUUGGAGCCCGGAAAGCCACCCAAAAUGGACAAAGCUGCUAUCUUGAGUGAUGCUGUCCGUGUGGUGACUCAGUUGCGAAGUGAAGCACAGAAGCUGAAAGAAUCAAAUGAAAGUCUCCAUGAGAAGAUCAAAGAGCUGAAGGUUGAGAAGAAUGAGCUUCGUGAUGAGAAGCAGAAACUAAAGGCAGAGAAGGAACAGCUGGAGCAGCAAGUCAAGGCCAUGACUGUGACACCCAGCUUCGUACCUCACCCUGCUGCGCUCCCAGCCACAUUUGCUGCCCAAGGCCAAGCAGCGGCAGGCAACAAGUUGAUGCCAUUCAUCAGCUACCCGGGAGUCGCCAUGUGGCAAUUCAUGCCGCCUGCAGCAGUUGACACCUCGCAGGACCAUGUUCUCCGCCCCCCAGUUGCUUAAAGAUGGGAGCUUCUUGGACAGAUCUGCAUGUUGUUUACGACAGACAGACGCUGGUUUUCAUAUUUUUCAGUGGUAUGUCCUCUUUUUCUCUUCUUUUCACUUUUUUUUUUUUUAAGUCAGAAAGACUGGAUUUAGGAUGACGGAAUGUUGGAGAACUUGGGAUUGUUAUGUGACACUGCUGCUGAUCUUCUGUAAAUGUGAAUAAGCAUUUUAGUAUUA